CGGUGAAAACAAAACCUCUCCAAGCGGCGAAAUUUUCCACCGAAAAUGUUGAGAGUAAAAUUAAUAACGUAAAUGGCAUAAAGAGCCCACCUAUUGCUGUCGAAGAGUUGGAGAAACUCGACUUGGAAGCUGAACAUGUUGUGCCUGCUCCUGUCGAUGCUAUAGUAUCGACUGUGAACGGCUCUGAUGACAAAACACCCGAACUGGAGAAGAAGGAAGUGCAAGAACAGCCGAUUGAAGUGGCUCCCGAAGCCCAGCCAGUACAGUCACCUCCACCUCCGAAACCUCGCGCGGCCGAAGAAAAAGAGUCGGUGGAGAUUCCGAAGUCCAAAGAGGACUCUCCGAAGAAGCCAAGGGAAGAAGAAGAAGUGCCGGAACCUACGGUGACUCUGGUGCGAACUACAACUGCGCCCGCGAUGGAACUGGCUCAGCCGGACGUGAUUCCCACGAUCGUGUCCAAAGGGGAACAGGAGUUCUCUAAGUCGAUCAGCGAGGAUCCCGUAGUGGAAGACAAGUGCGAAAAUCCGGGUACAGAUACUCUCGCGUCCGUAGAGUCCGUGAGGUCGACAACCUCAAUAGAGACAGUACGAGCCACGGGUGCGAUGCCGGGAGAAACCGAGGUCGAGGUCCUUAGCGCCAACAACCUAAUGAAGACUGACGGAAACGGCAGGAACAUCGCCUGGGACAACAAAACUCCAGACAUGUCACCAAUGAACAACUCUGUCCACCCGUUGGAUCCAGUGUUGCCACUACAACCUCCAAAGCAGCAAGGUUGCUGCGGCCGACUCACUGAUAAGCUGUGCUGCAAGAGUUGUCGUGGUGGUGGCAAACUCUGCUGCUGCUUCAAGACUCCAGCUUGCUGUGGAAAAUUGUGCAGUAGGCUGGGAUCGCUCUGCAGCAGACUUAACUGCUGUAAGAAGCUGUCCUGUUCUUGCUGCAAGAAAAAUCAGGAUAAUCCACAGCCACAGCCUCAGCGGAAAAGUCGGCUGCGGGAAUGCCUUUCAAGACUGAACUGCCUGCGGUGGUCGAAAUGCUGCAAAAAGACACAACCACAGCCACAGCAGCAGGAUGAAGAUCUGGAGGAAGGCAGUGUGGGUUGCUGUGCUGGAUGUAAGGGUCGCUGCAAACGGUGUUACAGGUAA